UCUCUCUCUCUGUCUUUCUCUCUCUCUCUCUCCCACUUUCUCUCUCAAGAAUUUGCACAUUCAUAUUGUUAUAAUUGAUCAAAUUGCAGGUGGUGGAAAAAGAGGCGUCUGCCAAUUUUCUGGCCACUUUUGUGGGGCGUUGGUUGGCCAGAAAGACAGUGAGGCGUUGGUCGGAAUUAAACACAUCAACCACUCUUCCUAAAUCUUUCAUUUCCUCCCUCUGCAUGCAUGUCUGCAUGUACCGCAGGUGAGCAGUACGUACGUAGUUUGAAACUGGUAUGGAAUCUUCAAAUGCUGAACUUAAAACAACUACUGUGCCUGUGAAAUCUGCGAAUGAGACUAGUACUACAAAUGUUGAUGAUAUUGAAAACACAGCACUUCACCCCACGGACGGAAAACUAAGCCCAUCUUCCUCUAACAAGAACUCAUCUUCGCCAGACUCCACGUUGCACGACCCGUUCCACCGCGACAACGACAAUGACGACGAUGAUGAUAAGCCCACUUCAAGCACUACAUCCUCACCUGCACACAAGUGUGAACCAUCAGAUCAUGAAACAUCGUGUGUUGCACCAUCCACAAGCAAUGGAACGACGACAGAGGCACCACCAAGCCAAGAGAUGGAGCGUCCUGCUGCACCGUACAGGAUUCCGUCGUCGGUUUUCGCUAGAAAGGAUUCUUCGACGCCAAUGGAAUGGAGUGUGGCAUCUAAUGAUUCUCUGUUCAGCAUUCAUACUGGGAAUAUGAGCUUCACGAAUGACCAAUACUGUUUGCGGUCGGGAGAGCUCGGCGGGGAGGUGUCUACGUCUGAUCAGAUGUUCAGUUACUCAGCUGAGCAGUCUGCCGAUGUCGUCCGUGCGGACAUGAGAAGCCGGGAGUUGGGAAUAGCACAGGCAACCAUGAAGGAGGUAAUACAGGAAAGUGAAGGUCAGAGCUAUGGGGUGCGCGGUUCUCAUCGGUCACAGGAGAGCAACACAAGCGCAAAAUCUUUUGCAUUCUCAGUAAUGACAGGAGAUAAAGAACAUUGUACUUCAACGCGGGCGCCUAGCUCAAUAGGGUCAUGCCAGGAGAUGGGGCAAUCUCAAACGCCACCAGUAACGAAGCUUGAGUCACAACCAUCGACAAAUCCAGAGCCAGAAACACCUACAGCGGCCACGACCACCACGACGGCAACAGAAACGGCAACGACAACGACAACGACAACGACACCACCAGAAACUAAAUCUAACUUGUUUCCUUGCUUCUCGUGUUGCUAGCUCGUUGUGUUAGUAGAGGACUAUGGUCAAAACGUGCUCUCCUGGGAAAAGUUGCUAACAUGAAGUUGAGGAAAUCGAAACAUGAAAUGGAUGCAAGAAAUGCCAAACAUUUUGGAAACAAUUAAUCAAUAGAUGUAGAAAGAUUUGUGGUUCCAUGAAUUAGGAUAUAUAUAUGAUCGAUAAAUCUUGUAUCUUUCUUACCUAUAUAGUAUUAGUUUCUGGCUUCAUAAUUGGCAGCGCAACCUUUUUAUGAUUGAGCAGAUAAAUAUUAGAUGAAAGAUUCUGUAUCCCACUUUCGUUUUGUACGUCACUGUUGAUGCAGGUCGCAAGAUCAUGAUCGGGUCGCUAGAUCUGGACACUCUGAUGUCGGGUCGCAGAACCCUCUUCGAGCUUACUGACAAUGGAUCCUGAGAGCAGAGAACACGUUAGGCUUGCUGGGUGACCCUCAACUAAGGUCCUCCGAUACUUGAGUCAGAAGGAGUGGGGUCGAAUUCGAUCUAAGGAGAGCUAAUAAAGUUGAAAUGUAAUAAAUACACUUACUAUAAAUGUUCAUAUCUACUAGUAUUUAUAGUGUACUAUAUCGUAUAAGACGGUGCCACGUGGCAUCAUCUGAGCAUUCAGGUAUCAGAUGAUCUAACGGCUAUCAAAUCGGGUUUGUCUCUUGGACCGGGUCAGGCGGGUUAGGUCAUGUACAUGCGGAUCCUGCCUCCUCUGGUUAAUUUCUUUAAAAUUGGAGGACAAUUUCGUCCUUUUUCUUUGGCUGAUGUAAUUACCCUCAUCGACUGUCACACCCAUGCACAUGUACUGUGAAUAUGAAAUUGAACCUGGA